AUGAAGGCUAAGGAGCUAGCCGAAGCGGCUCUUGCAAGCGGCGAUUACGCCAGGGCUCGUCGACUAGUAUCGAAAGCGCAAUCCCUCUUUCCCAAUCUCGACGGGCUCACGCAGGUCUGUGCCGUGGUCGAAGUCCACGAAGCUUCGCUGAACCGCGUGGGAGGUGACGUGGACUGGUACGCGCUUCUCCAAAUCCCCGCAUUCUGCGAUGACGACAGUCAGAUCAAGAAGGCGUACCGUCGCCUGGCGCUGCUGCUGCAUCCCGACAAGAACAAGACCAGCGGAGCAGAAGCAGCGUUCAAGCUGCUAUCCGAGGCGUUCACGGUGGUAUCAGACAAGCAGAAGAAGGCCGUUCAUGACGCCAAACGACGAUUAAACGUAACCACAGGCAGAGCAGGAGCAGCAGCCGGCGCUAAUGCCUCGAGGAGUCAACACAGAGCUCCAGCAGCAGCGAAACCCCCGCCUGCAGCACCAGCAGGAGGAGCAGCAGCAGCAGGUGCGGGGGGACAGGGAGCGGGGAAUCAGUUCGAGACGCGGUGUCCGACGUGCGGGACGCGGUUCUUGUGUUUGCGGGACGCCAUGGCGGCCGUUGUACAGUGCAUCAUCUGCAAGAGCUCGUUCAAGGCCAUGCCUGCCACCGCGUCUGCCUCUAACGCGUCUGCCGCUGGCAAUGCAGCUGGUGCAGCAGGGGUGGGUACGCAGCAGUUUGGCCAAACAGGAAGCGUGGAGGAGGCGUUGAGGGCUAGAGCGGAGGAGGAGAGGGCGCAGAGGGAGAGAGUUGCAGGGGAGGUGCAGCAGGAGCAGGCGAAGGCGCAGGCGAGGCGGCAGAUGCAGAUGGAUGAGUUGCUGGAGCGCAGGCGACAACAGCAGGGAAAAUUCGCCGCUGCUGCUGCAGCUGCUGGAGCUUCUGGUGUUGGGAAUGGCACUGCAGGCGCGCAAGCAGCAGCAGGAGGUGGAGAGGGUGAGAGGGGUGGCGGGCAGCAGGUAGGGCGGAAGAACCGGCUGCGGAAGAGGAAGCAGGGGGGAGGGCGAAGGGGGGCAGGGGACAGCAGCGAUGAUGACGAGGAGUGGGACUUCCGUAUGGACGCAGACAGUGAUGAUGACGAUGCUGGUCGUGGUGGUGGUGGGGGGGGAGGAAACAGGGACCCCUUGCAGGGGGGUUACCAGGGGUGGCCGGCAGGCACGGGGCAGGCACAGGGAGAGGGCGGAGGGGUGGGGGAGGACGAGGAGAUGGUUGGAGGCGGUAUGAGGCGGUCGGCGCGCAGCAGGAAGCCGGUGGUGUACCACCUGGGGGAUGACAACGACGAUGAUGACGUCAUGGAGGUGACCGAGGCCGGGGCGGGGAUGAAAGGGGCCAAUGGGACGGGCGCAGGGGGCGGCGGUCAACCCAGGAGACCCAGGGCUGACCAAGACUCAGCUGUGGGAGGAGGUGAUGCGAGCAAGGGCUCCGGGGCUGAUAGCAGACACGGACUGGCUGGAGACGUCUCAGGGAGGGUGCAAGGAGAGGGGAAUUCCACGGAUGUGCCUAUGGAUGACAAUCCAGGGGUCGCAGCAGGGAAGGAAGAGGGGAGGAGUGGUGAAAGGCGAGGAGAGGGCCGUGGCAGCAGCAGUGGGGAAAAGAAGAGUGGUGAUGGAAAGAGGAAUGGGUUUAUGCAUGAGGGGGAGGUGGUGGAGCUUAUCUCGUCUGAUGAAGAGGAAGAGGAGAGCGAGGAGGAAGAGGAGGAGGAGGAAGUGGUGCGCUUCUCCGUUCCAGAUCCUGACUUCCACUGCUUCGAUGAUGAUCGCACGGAGGAAACAUUCCGACCAGGCGAUGUGUGGACCCUGUAUGAUGACUCUGACGGCUUCCCCCGCUUCCUCUGCGCUAUCCGCCAAGUGUCCCACUCGCCCUUCUCCUGCACUAUAGUCUGGCUCGAGGCGGCCGCACUUUCCAAGAAACGCACCGUUGCCGCUGCUACUAUCACUCAGACCGAGGCAGCAGCUGCUCUGGCCGACCCAGCUGAAAGAGCAGAGCCCAGCAUCGGAUACUUCAAAUUGGGCAAGCCCACAACGUUCGACUCUGUUAACACCUUCUCCUUCCGGAUUUCCAAGCUGGCUUCCCCAAACGCGCGUACGGCUACAGUUUUGCCAGAGAUAGGCCAGGUGUGGGCGCUGUAUGCAGAAAAGACAUUUGCCAGGCGGAGGUACUACCUGGUGGAGGUGAUACCUGCUGAAUCAUCCAUACCGCUGCCAAAUGACCCGACAGCAGCAUCGGCAGCAGCAGCAGGAGUACAUGGGGUUACAGCGAUGGGGUGGAGGGCUGUGUGGUUCCUGGAGAGGGUCCCUGGUGGAGUGUUCAGCUCACUAUUUCAGGUGCUUGCAAUGAAAGAACGGCAUCUGAAGCUGGACAAGGCCGAGAUGAGCAUGUGGGAAGCGGCGGAGCUGUUAAACGAGCUCGUGGACGACAGCGAUCCCGAUUUGGAUAUGGCGCAGAUCGAGCAUGCACUACAGGCAGCAGAGGCGAUCAGACGGGACCACCCGAGCGAGGAAGAAGACUGGUACCCACUCGUUGGGUUCCUUCAUGAUAUGGGGAAGGUUCUCCUCCAUCCGAAGUUCGGCAGCGAACCCCAGUGGGCAGUUGUUGGUGAUACGUUUCCUGUUGGCUGUCGCUUUAGCAACAAGAUCGUCCACUCAAAGUUCUUCAACAGCAAUCCAGACUCGUCAGUUGAAGACCUGAACACAGAGUGUGGUAUUUAUGCGGAAGGCUGCGGAAUGGACAAGGUCCAUAUAUCCUGGGGCCAUGACGAGUAUAUGUAUCAAGUCCUUGUCCAAAACGGCUGCAGCAUUCCAGCCCAAGGGCUCUACAUGAUCCGCUACCACUCAUUCUAUGCUCUGCACAGGGAUGAGGAGUACCAACACCUGAUGGACGACUUUGAUCGGGAGAUGCUUCCAUGGCUCAAGGACUUCAACCAGUACGACCUCUACAGCAAGAGUGCACAGCGCUUGAAGGUGGAGGAGCUCAAGCCCUAUUAUCAAAGGCUCAUUGCCAAGGUACACAGUGAUGUUAAUUCCUGCCAUUGA